AUGAAGGAACUAUACAAUAUAGAUGAAGAGAAGGAAAAUAAUAAGGAUUGCAUAAUCCAAGAUGAGCAAUUCUACGAAUCACAGCUAUUGUACGAGAAUGGUGCAUUCAUGUGCACGCCUGCAUGCCUCCUCUUCUCUACAGCAGUAGUAGGAAUGGAUGUGUGUUCAUGCCCACCGACCAAAAGCCAGAUGAACUGCAUCAUGACAUCGGCAUCAAAAAUCCAAUCAUUACUUCUGUCCAAGGACGAUAGAAAUCACAUGUUCUCCAUCCGUGACGUCAUCAACCACGUCAAGAUACCCGAUACCUAUCAGAGGGUGGAGAUCGUGGGAUCUAUAGCUAGGUUGCCAGAAGACUUCAUCACAAACUUCGAGGACGACAACGAGCGACGACAAUGCAUCAUGGAUCUGCAUGGAGCCGUUAUGGCACUUAGGAACAACACGGCACUCGUCAUAACACUGAAAAGAAACGCGCACACAGUGGCACUCUACAGAAAAUCGGCAAAGAAACACUAUUACUUCGAUCCACUCAUUGCGACAGUGAAGGAUGUUGGUGAUUCAAGCAUGGCACUGUUUGAGGUGUUCAAGAUCGCCAGGAUGGCAGAGGAAUUCACUGGCCUUAUCAUAUCAAAAGAAUAA